UAAACCCAGUUUUUUGAACUUUAGCUGCCGAUAAUGUUCCAGGGAAAAAACGGCCUCGAUAUUUUCCGACGACUUCGAGAAAUUAUUGUCUAGAUAAGACCCCGGCUCGAGUCUAUAUAUGCCCCGCCUCCGCUUAUCUGGAAAAGUCGUCGAGAGAAUGCUAACACAGUCGAACUUCUUCCUACUCCUCAUAGCCGCGGUCACUUAUUACAACUACCCGAGCUUGGACAGCAGAGAACGGGUCGCUGACACCCGUACCGAGGACAUCAAGCACGAAUACGAUUUCAUAGUCGUAGGAGGCGGAUCAGCCGGUUGCGUCUUGGCGAACAGGCUGACGGAGGUGCCGGAUUGGACCGUCCUCCUACUCGAGGCCGGUGGAGACGAAACGGUCCUCAGCGAGACACCACUUAUCGCCCAACUACUCUGGGGUACACCUUUGGACUGGAAUUACACGACCACACCCCAAAAGAACGCGUGCUUAGCUACCGGAGGCGUGUGCGGAUGGCCCAGGGGUCGUGUCCUCGGAGGCUCUUCCGCCCUGAACUACAUGGUAUAUAUCAGGGGGAACCGGCGCGACUACGACGGUUGGGCGGGACUCGGCAACCCCGGCUGGUCUUACGAGGACGUCCUGCCUUAUUUCAGGCUCUCCGAGGACAAUAGGAACUCCUCAGACUCCAGGUACCAUGGAACAGGAGGAUACUUAACGGUCGAAGAGAACCCGUUUCAAACCCCACUCGCCGAGUCUUACGUCCAGGGGGGCGUCGAGUUGGGCUUCAGAACCGGCGACCUCAACGCAGAAACCCAGACCGGGUUCAUGAAGCUCCAGGCUACCGUGAGGGACGGUUCCAGGUGUUCCACCUCCAGGGCGUUCCUCCGUCCCGUCAGAAAUAGGAUCAACUUAUCAGUCGCAGAGAAUUCAUUCGUCACGAGGAUACUCUUCAACGGCACCAGAGCCACCGGGGUCACUUUCAUAAGAAACAAUAGACAAUACAAAGUCUACGCGACAAAAGAAAUCAUCUUAUCUGCAGGUGCAAUAAACAGCCCACAGUUGUUGAUGCUAUCCGGUGUCGGACCAGAAGAGCAUCUAAAGGGUUUCAACAUCCCCCUGGUAAAGAAUCUCUCAGUAGGUUACAACUUACACGACCAUCUCGGCACUCCAGUUUAUUUCUCGACGAACCCUCCGGUCGCUGUUAGGAACGAAGACAUCGAGAAUAUAGACGAAAUCUUGGAAUAUGCGAGACCUCCUGGAGGAGGGGUGUUAACUAUACCAAACGGGAUCGAGGCGGUCGCUAUGCUCAACUCGUCCUACGUCCCGGCAGGUUUGGACUAUCCCGACAUCGAGGUGCACUUCAGCUCGUUUCAUCACUCGGAGAGUAACAACGAGUCGGUGUGGAUAGGCUUGGGUCUGUUAACGCGUCCGUCUUCUCGAGGCAGGAUCAAGCUCAAGUCGACCGACCCGUUCGAUUAUCCUCUUCUCGACCCGGCUUAUUACACAUCCGGGAACGAUCUGGAAAUCGUUAUGGAAGCCAUUGAGUACGUACUGUCGAUAGGGAACACGACAGCUCUACGUCGGUUCAAUAGUACAUUCAGGCCGGAUUUCUACCCUUUGUGCUCUAACUUGUCAGUGAGGUGUAUGGCCGAGACGUACACGACGACCAUCUACCACCCCGUCGGGACUUGCAAAAUGGGCCCUGGGACGGACCCGGACGCGGUGGUCGACGAGAGGCUCAGGGUACGCGGCCUGGAAGGUCUGAGGGUCAUAGACGCCUCGAUCAUGCCGUUCAUUUCCGACGGAAACACGAACGCCCCUGUCGUCAUGAUCGCCGAAAGAGGAUCCGACUUCAUCAAAACCGACCACAACCAAACACCCCGUAUUAAUUAGAUGCUGUCGAAUAAAAUUAUUACAACAAUAACCAUUUUCUUAGUCAUAUGAAGUCACCCCCCCCAAAAAAAAACACAACCACCCAUUCUAAUAAGGUUGAGCAACUACAAACAACUACUCUCUCUUGAAGCAACACCCAAACAACAACGAUACUCUUAUUUAAGCAACACCCAAACAACAACGAUACUCUUAUUUAAGCAACUCCCAAACAACAACUAACCCCAAUUUAUGUCACCAUUUGAACAACACCAAACAACAACGUCCCUCUUAUUGAAGCAACUCCCAAACAACAACUACCCCCCCCCACAAUUUAGGGUACCCAAACAACAAUUAACCCCAAUUUAGGCAAAGAUUUGAGCAGCACCAACCACAACGAGCCUCCUAUUGAAGCAACACCCAAACAACAACGACCCUCUUGCUUAAGCAACUCCCAAACAACUACUACCUCCCUCAAUUUAGGGCACCCCAAACAUUAGGCAAACAUUUGAGCAACACCAAAUAACAACGAUAAAAAAAAUGACGUCCCCUUAUUCAAGCAACCCCCAAACUGCAACAACCCCCCUCCAUUUAGACCUCCAUAAACAACAACUAACAUCCCCCAAAUGAGACUGCCCCAAAAAACAACUACCCCUCCCAAUAGUCCACCACCAAGCAACAACUAAUCCCAAUUCAGGCGACACCAAACCACAACUACUCCUUUAACCAACUCCAAACAACAAAACUACACCCUUAUUUAAUCAACCCUCAAUACAGCAACUACCCCACCGUUUAAGCAACCCCAAACAGUAACGACCUCCUUAUUUUAGCAUCCUCCAAACAACAUCUACUCCCCCCCAUUUAAACCACCCAAACAACAAUUACCCCUCCCCCUUUAAGUAACACCAAACAACUCCCCUCCUCUCUUUCUCAAUUUAAGCCACCCCAAACAAUAACUAUCCCUGCCUCUUUUAAGCAACCCCAAACCACAAUUACCGCCUCCUCAUUUAACCAACUUCCAAACAGCAACUACCCCUCAUUCAAACAAUGCCAACUAACAACUAAUGCCCACCCCUAUUGACCACCUCAAACAACAACUACCCUCAAUUUAGGGCACCCCAAAAUAACAACAACCCUCCAAUUUAGGUCACCUCAAACAACAACUACCCCCACUCUUUAAGCUACCCCAAACAACAACUACCUGUGCUCCAUUUAAGCAACCUCAAACUACAACUAUUUCUUUAUUUAAGCAACCCCAAACAACCACUAUCCCAUUUAAGCAAUUCUAACAAUAACUACUCCCUUUUGUAAGCAAUCCUAAACAACAACGCACCCCAUUAUUUAAGCAAUCACCAAACAACUCCCCUCCUCUA